AUGGUUGCUAUGUACAGUAUUUUCGGCCGCCAGGUCGGCUCGCAUUACCUAGCAAUGGGUGUUCUCACUACCUUAUUCGGUGGUACCUACUUAAGCCUGCGUGGUGGAAGCAAGAAACCUGCUCAAGCACCCCCGAUCAACGCAUCGAGCCCUGACGAGGCGGACUUCAUUCAGAACUUCCUAAAGCAAGCCGAUGCGGACGAGAAGAAGGGACAUUAG